GAAAUGGGCAUGGCAUAAAACAACACGUUGGGCUCUUUGAUAUGUUAUUUUACAAUCAAUAUCAGGCACGAUGCGGUGUCAGCUGAUGAUCUGUUCUGUCAUCGGAUUGUUUCUAGCAUUCACCAUCAAUGUUCAAGAUGCUGUCAUCUUCAAACUUACGAACGCCGUGUGUGAAAGUUACAACCAGUCCUGGUUCGUGUUCCACACUUGCCGUCUGAAGGCCCUCAGUCGGAGCAAAGUGGUCUUCAAUAUGAAUGGAACGGUGCUACAUCCGGCCAAGGAUAUAUCCAUUCGUACCAGACUUUUCAAAAGGGCAAAUGGCUAUAAGCCCUGGUUAUUCGACAUUUACUUCGAUGGUUGUCUAUUUAUGCGAAGGCGGAAUGUACCCUUUAUUAAGUUAGUCUAUGGGUUAUUUAAAGAGUUUACCAACAUAAACCACACAUGUCCGUAUGUGGGUCCACAAAUCAUCAAGGAUUUUUAUCUGAGACCUGAACUGUUGUCUCUUCCCUUUCCAACGGGGGAUUAUAUGUUUGCGAUUCAAUGGUUUUUCGAUAAGAGACUACAAUUCGACACUAAUGUCAGUUUUAUAUUCGUGGAGGAUCUACUGAAGAAAAUUUAAACCAACAAAUGGAGUGGA